UCUCUCGACGGACAAUAAAAUUAACAGCGGAGUUCAAUAUGUCGAUCGGAAAGUUAAGUGUGUUCGACGUUAAGUGCGGGGUGUGGUCGUCGUACGUGGAUCGGCUCAAAAUGUACAUAAAGGUUAAUAAAGUGGCGGACGAUAUGAAGUUACCAGUGCUUAUCGCGUCUAUGGGGGACGAAGCAUAUGAACUAUUAGUGAAUUUGGCCAGCCCGAAAGAACCUGAAAAGUUAACAUUUGACGAGGCGGUAAAGUGCAUGAGUGAUCACUUACAGCCGGCGCCAUCGGCGUUGGCAGAGCGGUUCCGGUUUAGACAAAGGAGACAGAGCGCGGAUGAAACUAUAGCCGGUUAUGUAGCGGAAUUAAAAAAAUUGUCAAGAUAUUGCAAGUUCGAAGAUAAACUGGAUGACAACAUGCGGGAUCAGUUCGUAUGUGGAAUAAGGAGUGACAUUAUUCGCCAGCGGCUAUUUGCGGAGAGUGACGGCGUGACCUAUGCGCGAGCGGUGAAGGUCGCGACCGCCCUCGAGGCGGCGGAGCGGGACUCGGCCGCGGUGGAGGCGAAGGGGUCACGGGGGUCGGAGGUCAGCGGGAGCGGGAGCGGCGGCGGCGGGGAGGCGGCCGCGGUGCAUGCGCUCGCGCCGGCCGGCGGGAGCGGCCUACGCAAGCGGGGAGGUGGCGGAGCGGGCCCGGCAUGGGCCAGCCAGCAGCGGGCGGGAUUCGAGAGGGCCAACCGGCCCGGCGGGGGCCCUACAGUCGGCCCGCAACAGCGCUAUUCGUCUUGUGGGGCCUGUGGCGCUCAAAACCAUACCUACGGGAGCUGUCGCUAUAAGAACUUUGUAUGCAGCAAGUGCCAGCACACGGGGCAUUUACGCCGGGUUUGCCCAGAGUGGGCAAGGGCGGAGAGAAGUGGCCUGCAUUUCGGAAAUGUGCAACAGAUGGAGGACGCGGAGAUCAGCGGGAAUGAGUAUGACAUCGAGCAAGAAUUAAACCAUCUGUGCUUGAACGACUAUAAACCAGUAAGUGUCUCUGUGUAUAUAGAUAAUAAACUGGUUACUAUGGAGAUUGAUACGGGCACCGCUAUUGCCUGUAUAAGUAAAAAUAUGUAUGAGGACCUCUUUAAUUAUUGUAGGUUAGAAUCGGGUAAUACUGUUUUCACAUUUAUCAAUAAUUAUAAAUUUAAACCAUUCGGCAUGAUUAGACCUAUAGUCAGAUACGGAAAUAUAACGAAAGUUUUGCAAUUGUUUGUAAUAGAUUCCGGUACGACUUCGUUAAUAGGGAGGCAAUGGUUGGCCGAAUUAGGUAUUAAGGUUCCGGAUAUACCAAUUCCUAAAGUUAGCUGUAACUUUGUAACGGGAAAAGAGGAAUUAAAGCAUGUAAAUGACAAGAUUGUGAAUUUGCUCGACAGAUAUAAGGAGCUGUUCAGUGGCGGUCUGGGUCGGUACACGGGCGGCAGGGCGACGCUGGCGGUGCGCGAGGGGGCGGCGCCGGUGUUCCGCCGCGCGCGGCCGCUGCCGUACGCGCUGUGCGCGCGGGUGGACGCCGAGCUGGACGCCAUGCUGCGCGCGGGCGUCAUCGAGCCCGUGGAUCACUCCGACUGGGCCUCGCCACUGGUACCUAUUCCUAAGCCUGAUGGCACUCUUAGAUUAUGUGCGGACUAUAAAUCUACUUUGAACCCCGUCUUACUGAUCGAUCGUUAUCCUUUGCCUAAAAUUGACGAUGUGUUAGUAGGUUUAAACGGUAAUAAAUAUUUUAGUAAGAUUGACUUAUCGCAAGCAUACAACCAGGUGGAGCUAGACGAGUCUAAGAUGUACACCGUAAUAAAUACUCAUCGAGGCCUCUUCAGGUAUAAUCGUUUAGUUUAUGGACUGGCAUCAAGUGUAGGUAUUUUCCAAAGAAUAAUGACAGGUUUAUUAAAGGGCAUUCCAAACGUUCAGGUAUUUUUGGACGACGUGAUAAUAGGGGGUAAGACAGAGGCGGAGCAUAUUCACUCUCUCGAAUUGGUUCUACAACGUUUGUUAGACAACGGGUUAAAGUUAAAGAAAAGUAAAUGCGUUUUCUUAACUCAAGAGGUUACUUAUCUGGGGUACGUGGUCUCCAAAGACGGGAUAAGGGCAGAUAAGUCAAAAAUAAAUUCUAUUCUGAAAAUGGCUGCUCCACAAAAUGUGACCGAGUUACGCUCUUUCCUAGGGAUGGUCAAUUUCUUUGCGAAGUUCAUCAAAAAUAUUAGUUUCAUAUUAGCACCAUUGUAUAACUUACUACGGAAAAAUGUAAUCUGGAACUGGGACGGGGAGUGUGAGUGGUCUUUCCAGGAAGUAAAGAAAUUGCUGACGAGCGCGGAGGUACUGGCCCAUUACGAUCCAGACCUCCCGCUGGUGCUCACUUGUGACGGGAGCCCUAGGGGCGUCGGGGCAGUACUUUCACAAACCGACGAUAGGGGGCGCGAGCGUGCAGUUGCGUUUGCGUCGAGGUCACUUAGUGAUGCGGAAAAAAAUUAUUCGCAGAUUCAUCGCGAAGGGUUAGCAAUAAUAUUCGCGUUAAAGAAAUUUCAUCAAUAUUUGUACGGUCGCAAAUUUUUAUUACGCACCGAUCAUAAACCUUUGGUUUCGAUAUUUGGCCAACAUAAAGACAUUCCUCAAAUGACGGCUAGUAGGAUACAGAGGUGGGCCGUUAUUUUGUCCGCGUACGAUUACGAGAUAGAAUACGUCAAAACUACAGAUAAUUGCGCGGACGGCUUGUCGCGGUUGCCGGAGGCGGGGCGGUCGGAGGAGGCUACUAUUCCGGAGCAGACAUAUUUACAUUUUGCUCAAGAGGCUUUACUGCUAGAUUACAAUGUAGUAAAAUUAAAAACCGCUAAGGACGCCAUGCUUAGUAGGGUUUUAUCGUACGUUAGGGACGGUUGGCCGCCAGAAUGCGACAUAGAAAACUUAAGGCCAUAUUUCAAUAGGAAACAAGAGCUUUACGAAGAGCUGGGCUGCCUAAUGUGGGGUCAUAGAGUAGUGAUACCGGAGAGCUGUAGGGCUAGGGUAUUAGAAAUAAUUCACGAACCCCAUAUGGGUAUCGUGAAAUCUAAAGCGAUGGCCCGUAGUUACGUUUGGUGGCCCGGGGUAGACGAGGCCGUGGAGGCGGCGUGCCGGGCGUGCGCGGUGUGCGCGGCGCACGCGGACCAGCCGCCGCGCCACGCGCCGAGCGCCUGGCCCUGGCCCGCAAGGCCCUGGGCGAGGCUGCAUUUAGAUUACCUGGGACCUGUUAACGGUAAAAUGUAUCUCGUCGUGCUAGACGCCAUGUCGAAAUGGAUUGAGGUAUUUCAAGUGCCCAGUACGGCCGCUAGCUUUACAAUAAAUAUACUUACUGAGUUGUGGAGUAGGUACGGGUUGCCUAAACAGUUAGUCACAGACAAUGGCCCACCGUUUACCAGUAAGGAAUUUAAAGAACAUACUAGUCGUAACUUUAUUGAGCACAUAUUCACAGCCCCCUACCAUCCCGCAUCCAAUGGGGCCUGUGAGAAUGCGGUCAAAACUAUGAAGCGAGUGAUAAAGAAAGCUAUAUCGGAACAAAAACCUGUUUUAGAAUCUCUAAAUACUUAUUUGUUGCAUUACCGUAACACAGAACAUUCCUCGACGGGAGAAACUCCUUCUAUGCUACUAAUGAAUCGUAGGCUUCGCACUAGAUUAGACGCUUUAAAGCCAGAUAGGGGAGCUAAGGUUUUAGCCGCACAGAAAAAGCAAACGGAGGCGGCGGGAGGGACGCAAAGGAGGGUGCAGGCGGGAGACACCGUGUGGUACAGGCAAUACUUACAAGGUGAGAAGUGGGUUCCGGGUACGGUUUCAAAGGAAUUAGGGAGGACUAAUUAUAAGGUUAUUGAUAAGGAUGGUAAGGAAGUGCACAGGCAUAUCGAUCAGUUGAGACGGAGGACGAGUAGGUUAAGUUCGCUUGUAGGGCCAAAGGAAGAUUCGGUUCAAACUACACAGGAACCAGUGGUGAGGUCCGAAGAGUUGGUUGAGGGCGUAGGUAAUGGCGAGCUCGAAGAGGAGGGAGAAGAUGAGACAUGGCAUGAUGCCGACCGCGAAGAUUCUCAGCCGAGCCCUGCUAAGGCACUCGCAUCGCCGCCCAACGCACCUGUACCGCCCCAGACUCGCCCUGAGCGUCAUGUGAGACAAUGUCGUGUAGACAAUCCUCCUAAAUAUAAAUACUAG